CAUGUAUGCGAUGUAGUGUACUUAGUUGUUAUGGUACGUUUAUCCGUUAACAUAUCGCAAUAACAUGGGUAUUUGAGUGAAUAACAUUAAAUUCCUUUAUGCAGUUGUGGCCACUAUAUAGUCCACUUAUUGAGUGCUGUACUGGACAUGAUUAAUUCUAGCUAAUAACCUUCCUAAGUAGCGCUCAAGUCAACGCCAGUCAGUGUGUAUUCAUGGCAGGACUGUAUCGAGCUCUUCUAACAUCUGCCUCCAGUGUCACAAAGAAUCUGACACAAGCCAUAUCAUGUCGCACUAAAUUCACUAAGAGUCGCGUUCCUCCACAGGUAUUUGAGGAACGAGCGAAAGAACAUGACAAGUAUGGUGGUGAUCCGGAAUAUCCACAUAAACUGCAUAUAGUAACACGAGUUAAAAGCACGAUGAGACGACCCUAUUGGGAAAAGAAGGUUGUAAAGAGUUUGGGGCUUAUGAAGGCACAUGAACCCCGUGUCCACAAGAACACCCCAUCAGUGAACAAUCUACUCAAAAUCAUUAAGCACCUAGUUAGGAUUGAGCCUCUCAAGGUCCCCUAUGGAUUACCUGCCGAGGAGGACAUGGCUAACACUUAUCUGAAUAGCAGAGGGGAGCUGGUGGUGAAACGUCUCCUGAAACCACUUGAGCAGAAAGCUAUUGAGUCGUAAAAGUUUUGUGGCCUACCGUUUGUGGUGUUUUUGUUGUUUAAUAAAGAUUUGAAUACCAAUGUUCUUUAUUGUAGCUCAAACAGUAGAGCAUUCCCAGGGAAAGCAAGAACUGCUAAAAUGUAAACAUACUUAGAAUUAAAUGUAAGUUGCUCUGGAUAAAAGUGACAGCUGACUGCAUGAAUGUGAAAUGUGAAUGUUACCAGAUCUUCCUCUUUUACAAAACUGUGCUUUUCAAAUAUCAGUACCUCAGGUGAU